UACUAUUUCCAUCAGUUCACCUUGUUCUUCAGAAUUAAUUUGAAGUAUCGAUCUCACAGUUUCUUUAGGGAAAAUCUAACAAGCAACUCGUAGAUAUCAUGAUCGCCAUUAUUUUCCUUUGCAUUUUCUUUGCCGACGCAGCAGUCAGUCAACCAGUCAGUAAUGCCGGUGAAUGGGCCCCAACACAUGGUUUGUAUUGGGGCAUUCUGAGUGAAGUGGAAUGCCCGAACGGUGGCAAGAUUACUGGCAUUCGGUAUCGAAGCAGCUUUGCAGUGGAACGGCUUGGCUUUUAUUGCACGUCGCCGGAGGGCGUCGAAACAUUGGUUGGACUAGUUGGUGGCGCAAACGACAGUACGUGCGCUGAUGAUAAGUGUCCGAAGGGCUCGUACGUACAGUCAAUAUACGGUAAUGGAUCUUCGGUACUUUAUGCGUUCGGGAUCAAAUGUGCAGAAGGUGACCAAAGUGUUCAGUCGAAAGUACAUGGCGGAGACGGUGGGACAGAUUUCGAUGACGCAAGUUUUGCAUCAAAUGGCAAAAGAUUAAGUGCAAUAAAAGUGUGGUAUAUCGAUGACCUAAUCAGUGGUGUCCAAGGUAAAUAUAGUGCUAUCUGAAAUGGUAAUGAAUGUGGUCAGUUGCAACUCUAGCCUUGAGAAAUGUCAUUAGCACAUUUAUACUCAUACGAAUAAAGACAAGAAUUUUGAUU